UUUUGUCAUAACCUUUGAGGUUUCUCCUGGCUUUUUUUUUUUUUCCCCCAGCCUGAGUGGGAUGCUUAGAUAUCCUAAAGGGCUUAAAACCUCCUUUACUAUGAACAAUUCCCAAGACAUCAUCACAUAUAUGAAAAUCUGAGCCUGGAGGACCUGCUUUUGGAAAUGGUCUCAUGAGGUUUAGGCUAAUCUGGUACUUGCAACUUGCUAUCUGGUUACAUCUGCCUUCAGAACGGCAGGAUACAGGCAUGUGCCACCAACCCUACCCAAUCCUAAUGUUAUAUUUUAAGUGUAAACACUUUUGUGCAUUAAGAAAGAAAAAAGAAACCUGAGGCCUCAACCCAACACAAAGGUACCUAAGGAGUGCUUCGAGUGGGAGGGUUUGCCUUCCCCAGAGAUAGCAUCCUGAUUGAUCAUCCGAUAUCAGAUGGUCAGCUCUGAAACCAUACAUAGGAAUAACUAUACAAGCUGACAGGUUACAUUUAGAAACAUGUACAUGUAUAUGUUCAUGUAAUAAUGAAAAAGGCAAUGAGUUUGAAAAAUGAGAUGGAGGGGCAUACGGGAGGGUUUUUGAGGGAGGGAAGGGAAGGGAGAAAUAAUGUAAUGAUAAUCUCAAAAAUAAUAGCCUCAGUUUGCAGGGAAAUAUAAAGUAAAUAAAUAUACUUUGUUCAAUGUUUUUCCAGAAGUUCACUCACUAGUAUAGCAAACCAGGUCCACCAAUGGCUAUGACAUCUGAGUUACCAGUAAAGUGUCAUUAUCGGCUGGCAAUGUAGCUGUCACAUCCACAGCAUCCUAUUUAUGGGUGUGGGCAGCAGACCGUUCCAUUGUCUUCUGAUUUGUGCCCAUUCACAUUUUGUAAUACACAUUGCUGUCAAGUGCUCUUGCCUUACACCGAGUUCGUUAUCUACGGUGGUCAUUGUCAUAAGGGAUGAGGGCGUUCUACACACAGGUUUUGUUUUGAACUGACCUGGGGCAUGUCUUGUUUGGCUGAAAAAUAUGUACCUAACUGAAGCGAUGUUCAGUGUUGAUGACAAGAGGUAGCUUGCACAAUCUCCUCAGACUGUUUUGAUAGAUGUUCCCUAACCCUCAUCUCCAGAGCCUGGUCUAGAAGCAGUGGAUAUAGAUGAACAUUCUUGAGGGAGGGGUCCAGGACUCAGCUGCUAGGUUAAUGGCUGAUGGAAUUUGCACAAGAGCUGGGCAAAGGUGAAAGAGCCACGUCCUGCUCCCAAACCCUUAUCCCUUCUCUCCGCUUCAUUGACACCCCCGACUCCCCACCCACGUAGGCAGCUUACUCCACCCAAACUCUUGAUCUCUUACUCCUUAUUCAACUAGCCUGGGGCAGCCAAGACGCAAUCAAGUCAGGGCAGCAUGAGCCGAUCACCUCUCCAUCCCAUUCCACUUCUAUCUGAGGGCUACCAGGAUACCCCUGCUCCCCUGCCACCACUGCUACCCCCUCUCCAGAAUCCCUCCUCCCGUUCUUGGGCCUCUCGGGUGUGUGGGCCUUCCACCUGGGGGCUCAGCUGUCUUCUGGCUCUACAGCAUUUCCUGGUCUUGGCAUCUUUGCUCUGGGCCUCCCACCUGCUGCUGCUUCAUGGUCUUCCCCCAGGAGGGCUCUCAUACCCACCCGCUCAGCUCCUGGCUUCCAGUUUCUUUUCAUGUGGCCUGUCUACGGUCCUGCAGACUUGGAUGGGCAGCAGGCUACCUCUAAUCCAGGCUCCGUCCCUAGAGUUUCUUAUCCCCGCACUGGUGCUGACAAACCAGAAGCUACCUCUGACGACCAAGACACCUGGAAAUGCCUCCCUCUCACUGCCCCUGUGUAGUUUGACAAGAAGCUGCCAUGGCCUGGAGCUCUGGAACACUUCUCUCCGAGAGGUGUCGGGGGCAGUGGUGGUGUCCGGGCUGCUGCAGGGCACUAUAGGACUUCUAGGGGUGCCUGGCCGUGUGUUCCCCUACUGUGGGCCACUGGUGCUGGCUCCCAGCCUGGUUGUGGCAGGGCUUUCUGCCCACAAGGAGGUGGCCCAGUUCUGUUCUGCUCACUGGGGCCUGGCCUUGCUGCUCAUCCUGCUCAUGGUGGUAUGCUCUCAGCACCUGGGUUCAUGCCAGAUACCCCUUUGCUCCUGGAGGCCAUCUUCAACUUCAACUCACAUUUGUAUUCCCGUCUUCCGACUCCUUUCGGUGCUUGCCCCUGUGGCCUGUGUGUGGUUCAUCUCUGCCUUUGUGGGUACGAGUGUUAUCCCUCUGCAGCUGUCUGAGCCCUCGGAUGCACCUUGGUUUUGGCUGCCACACCCAGGUGAGUGGGAAUGGCCCUUGCUGACACCCAGGGCCCUGGCUGCAGGCAUCUCCAUGGCUUUGGCAGCCUCCACCAGCUCCUUGGGUUGCUAUGCUCUGUGUGGCCAGCUGCUGCGUUUGUCUCCUCCGCCACCUCAUGCCUGCAGUCGAGGGCUGAGCCUGGAGGGGCUGGGCAGUGUGCUGGCAGGGCUGCUGGGGAGCCCCCUGGGCACUGCAUCCAGCUUCCCCAACGUAGGCACAGUGAGUCUUUUUCAGACUGGCUCUCGGAGAGUGGCCCACCUAGUGGGGUUGUUCUGCAUGGGGCUUGGGCUCUCCCCAAGGCUGGCUCAGCUAUUUACCAGCAUCCCACUGCCUGUGCUUGGUGGGGUACUGGGAGUGACCCAGGCUGUAGUUCUGUCUGCUGGAUUCUCCAGCUUUCACCUGGCUGACAUUGACUCUGGGCGAAAUGUCUUCAUCGUGGGCUUCUCCAUCUUCAUGGCCUUGCUUUUGCCAAGGUGGCUCAGGGAAGCCCCAGUCCUGCUCAACACAGGUACACGGGCUGAGAGAGGCUUAGGUCAGAGGCUGCCAACUUCUUUCACUGCCCAAGAAAUUCAAAUGCUUCAGCAAUCCAGGAGGAAAGCUGCUCAAGAGUAUGGGCUUCCUUUACCCAUCAGAAACCUGUGUUCCUGCAUCCCACAGCCUCUCCACUGCCUCUGUCCAAUGCCUGAAGACUCUGGGGAUGAAGGAGGAUCCUCUAAAACAGGAGAGAGAGCCGACUUGUUGCCUAACUCUGGGGAAUCGUACUCCACAGCUAGCAGAGAAGGGGUUAGGUCCCAGUAAUCAUCAAGACCACCAUUUUUGUCUUAGUUUAGCAGUAACUGCCACCUUGCUGGAGUCUGUAUACUUUGUCCCAGUGGAGGUGGAUGUGGCCCACUUGCAAAAUGGGCUGCCUUUCCUCCUCUUAAGACUUGAGCAGAGGCCAUGGUUUAGCGGGUUGGAACUGAAUAAAUGAGAUUUCUGCCUGUAAA